CCAGGCACUAGGCACUAGGCAGCCGCAUGAACGAAACUCGCGCGCUUGCCGGCGGCGGCGUUUCGGCAAUCAUCUGUGGCCGUCGCAACCCCUGCCGACCAACCCAGGCAGCUGAGCACAACAAAACCUGCCCUUGGGCCGGUUUGCAUCCACAUUUUCGGCGUCGACAAGGCCAAAUUCGUUGACAUGGACGAGGAGAGGAGCCGACCCUGAAUCACAAUGCGAUUUCGAGUGACAAAGGUGGCCCUGGUCGUCUUGAACCUGCUGCUUUUCUACAACAUUUACAGGCUCGUUUCGCCCCUAAACUCGUCGGCCAGCAAGGUCGCCGAACAGAAGCCAAUACCCUCUCCUGUGCACCACACGGUCACCCUGAUUUUCCGGCAAUUCGAGCCUUUUGACAACGACCUCGUUAAAAGUGUUGAUAGUUUUCUGUCGCAGAUCCAGCCCCCUCCAAACGUCCUGGUGGUGAGCGACGCCCCUGUGUACCCGCCCUUGCGCUUUCCUGCUGAAACCCCGAUCCAAAGUCUGCGCCAAAUCGCCCUAAACAUCAACCUUAAUUCGUCCUUUGAGGAGAGAAACCCCUUGGCCUAUGUCAAGACAAAAUUCGUCCUGUUUCUCCCUGACUCGGUCCGACUGCCCUCACAGGACUUCCUGCAGGGCUUGCUUGACGAGGCUGAGAAAGAAGACAAGUACACCCUGGCAGUGCCUUUAGAGGGCUACUCAGAGGCACCGCUGUGCUUGAGUCAGGAGUUCAACGUCAAGGAGUGGACCGUUCACCUGAAGAAAGCUGAGCAUGGUGCCUUGUGUGAUUCUGUGCUGGGCAAGCACGCCCUUCUGCUCAGAACCGAGACCUUGAGAAAACUUCCCGAUCCCUUCAUGCGGCCUUUCCCAGAAAUUUUCUUUCUCCAGAUGUCCAUUAGAGGAGAAAAAGUUAGACUGGUGAAAGAAAAAGCUUUCCCAGAUGGCCGAGUUCUUUACAACACUGGCCAUCUGCAGUGGAAAGCAGAGAGCGCCGACAACAAGAGGCGGAUAAAGGCAUUUAAAGAGCUAGGAAUCAAAAAGGUCAUCAGGGAAAAUGGAAAGGUUGAGUGGUAUGGCUGCAGCAAGAAGAGUCAAAGGUGCUUUGGAACGGUGGUCGAUGACACUCCUGAAUACUUGAUGUCUGGUCGUUGGACUCCUCCAUGCUGCUUGGAGGCCCUGAGAAAGACCGCUAGGCAUGUGUUUUCAGCCCUGGAGGAGGCCGGCGUCAGGUACUGGCUAGAAGGGGGCAGUUUGCUCGGUGCUAUGCGACACAACGACAUUAUCCCUUGGGAUUACGACGUGGACAUUGGCAUCUAUGAAGAUGACAUCUCGAGGUCUACUUGGCUGACACGGGCAUCCACCAGAGCAGUGGUGGAUGAUAAAGGCUUCCUGUGGGAGAAAGCUCAGCCUUCGGAGGGUGCGUUCUUCCGGGUGCACUACAGUCAGUCUAACAGACUGCACGUGGACAUCUUCCCUUUCCGCUCGACCCCGGACGGCAAGAUGACUAAGGACUUCUGGUUCCCAACCCACCCGCAAGACUGCGAGUUUCCCGAGCACUUCCUGCACCCGAUCUCAUCCAUCAGCUUUGCAGGUAGGAAGGUUUCAGCGCCAAACAACGUGCGUGACUUCUUGGAACUCAAAUUCGGAAAGGGUGCCAUCGAAAACCCCCAGUAUCCGAACCCGCAUUUAAUGAAGUUGAACGAAUGAGUAGACUGAAUCUCCAAUCCAAUGAGUAAAUUUAUGCUCUCUCGACUUGAAAACAACGCAAUAUGUACCUUUUAAAAAGUGCUUCGGCUAGAUCACCCUUAGCUUUUGAAAAUAACUACGAUUAUGUACUCUCACUGGAAGAUAUUAGUAACAAGGCUCCGCAGCCAUAUUAAUUACUAGGAAGGAUUAUAUUUCUUCACUAAAAAAUUUAGUAAUCUAUAGAUGAAAAAAAGACAUUUGUUGCCAUUUUUGUGCCAUAUAUUAUGAGGAAUAUAUACCCAACCCUGCCAUAUUUUUCAGCAGCUAAGUAUUUCGAUUUUUAAAUAUUAAAAAUCUGUGAUUAUUUGUUUGUACAUAAGUGACUUGUGUAUAAAAUAAUGACUUGUGAUAGCUCACUGGAGGCAAGAACUCACACUUGUUUGCUAAUUAGCAUGAAAGUAUCAGAUAUUUAACCCAGGCAUAAUAACAGAUUCAUCAAGUAAACCUCUCGUUCUUGUAAAAGUUUUUAAGUCUUCAAAAAAUAAAAAUUGUAAUUGAAGCAUUUACCAAUAUAA